AUGAAAGAAGAACAUGAUAAGCAGUUUCUGAGCGAAUGCGUGGAAGACACGAGCAAAACUGGGAAGAAGGUAAAAGGUAGGAAACGGAAAGGUGAUAGUAAAACUGGUAGUGAAGAGAAUAUUCCUACGCUAACUGAAGAUGUGAAAUCUAUAAAGAAGAGAAAACGAGGCAAACCUAAUGGAAACAAACUAUGUGAUGAAACCCAAGGAGGUGAUACUGUUGAUAAACAUAGCAAAAAGAAAAAGAAUAAAUCUGUUGUCCAGGACAGCAGUGAGAUAGCACCAGUAGGAAAUGAAAAUGAUGUGAAAGAUAAAUUAUCCAAAGAAGCAGAAGCGUCAGGAAAUAAAGGGUCAGACGUUAUGAACAUCACCCGCGAUUCUUCAGACGGAUCGUAUUUAAGUACACUCCGGAAACAGGCGCAAAAUGUGACAUCUUUGGUGGGAAACGUUGUCAAAACCGAAAUAUUUAAGGGUCUUUAAGAAAUCAACUUUGCAAGAUACAAAUAACACGAAGAGGAAAAUUAAAGAUACGCCAAGAAUUGUUUCGAGUGCAGAUAGUUUGUGUCAAUCUGAUUUGGGCUUAGCUGCUGAAACAAUUAUUGAGACACCAGAGGAAGCCACCGAAAUUGCAAAAGGUGACGAUAUUAAUCUGACUCCUGACUCGAUGCCAUUGGCCGUGUUUCUUCGCCACGCACAGAAGAAGGUAACUCAGGAAAGAAAAAAAAAUGAUAAUUACACAAAUCGUAAGAACACAAAUCGUAGUACAGUAAUAAAAUGGAUAGAGUGCAAUAUGGGAAGAAAGCACUAUAGGUCUAGGGAAUUGUUGAACGAUUAUUGAAAUAGCAGGAUUUCGGGUAUCUCACUUGUAAUACAUUGACAUUGACAAGUUGGACACCCCCCAAUUGUCUAGACAUAACAUGUCAUCACGUUUAUAAUCGAUAAAUAUACUCAUUGUGAGUUCAACGUUAAUGGCGUAACACUGUUUAUUACAUGGUGUCAGGAGAAACUACAAUCAUGGAACAUAUGAAGCCUAUGGGUCCUUUAAAAAUGGACGGAAAUGUGGCAGAAAACUGGAGGAAAUGGAGACAACGCUGGAAUCUUUACGCGAAAGCCAGUGGAGCCGAACGAAAAGACGAAGAGAUUCAGUGUGCAAUUUUCCUUCACACAAUCGGAGAAGAAGCAUUGGAAAUCUAUGAUACUUUCACCUUUACUGAAACUGAACAAGAUAAGAUCGAGCCGCUCAUUCAGAAAUUUGAGAGCUACUGUACACCAAGGAAAAACACGACAUACGAGCGAUAUAUAUUUAAUACGUGUGUACAAAACGGAAGAAAACUCGAUGCAUUUAUACUUGACCUUCGCAACAAAGCAAAGACCUGUGAAUUUGAAUCACUACAGGACAGCUUAAUUAAAGAUAGAAUCGUUUGCGGAAUCGACAGCAACAGCAUCAGAGAGCGUUUGCUCCGAGACAACGACCUCACGUUGGAAAAGGCGAUUAGCAUCGUUAGAGCCGCAGAAACAAGCAAGACCCAAGUACAAAAGUUAAAUAAUCCUUCGCUUGAAGUAGAAUCAAUUCACAAGAAUUUCGAAAGAACCUCUCACCGUAAAUACCAGAGGGAAGAAACGAAACCAAGUAGAAAUGUCGGCAAAACACAGUCUUGUUCGCGUUGUGGCUCAAAUCAUGCACCAAAACAAUGCCCAGCGUUUGGACAAACAUGUCACAAGUGUCACGGAAAUAAUCAUUUCGCCAAAAUGUGCCGCUCGAAAAACCUCAACACUCAAAUGUCAGAAACACGCGUACACGAAGUUCGAAAAGAAAAAACUACCGAUAAUUCUAGUACGGAGGAAGACGAAUUGUUUAUCGCAGAAAUUGCGACAACAACCGCCAAAAUUGUAUUAAUAACUAACCUCAAAGUUAACGGCAAAAAUGUAAAUUUCAAAAUAGACACUGGCGCUCAGUGCAAUGUGUUACCCGAGGAAAUUUUCGACGGAAUUAAGCAGAAACCACAACUCAUCGCUACUGGGACAAAACUAACAGCAUAUGGAGGAGCACAGGUUCCGGUGAAAGGAAAAUGCGUUUUAGAAAUCGAGAAAACUGCAGACCGGAAAACGGAAGUGGAGUUCUUUGUUGUCAAGGCUCCCAAUGGCAAAGCACUGAUUGGCAAGGGUGGGUAGUAGCGAAGUAGUUGUAGUUCGCUACUGUAGCGAACUACAAUUUUCAAGUAGCCAGUAGUUUUUGACUACUUUUUUAAAACAGUAUAGCGAACUACAUUUUGCCUAAAAGUAGCCAAAUAGUUGACUACUUUUCAAACAGCGAAUCGCUAUUCGCUACUUUUUAAAAUUGUUAGCAACCGUUCAUAGAUAAGACACGGUUUGCUUAAAAGAUUAUUUUAUACAGUAAAGAUUAUUUUAGCGCAAUGAAAAGUGGCACUCUUGAACACUGCAGUGCUUAUAAAAAUGUUGCUUUGAGCCUUUUUGUUUACUGUUGCUACUCGUAAGUCGAUUUGUUAUAGGUUAUAAUACAACCUGAGCUAGUGGAUGCUCCAAAUACCGUAAAACUAAAAAAUAUAGAGUAGCGAAAUAGCGAAAUAGUUCGCUACAUUUUUUAAGCAGUAGCUGUAGUCAGUAGCGAACUACCUUUGUUCAAAAGUAGCAGUAGUUGUAGCUGACUACAUAUUUUUGAAGUAGCUGUACUUAUAGCGAACUACAAAAAUUUUGUAGUCAACCCACCCUUGUUGACAUGCCCAACUGCUACUGGCACAAAAAAACUUGAUGAAGAAUCAUCCUAUAUCUGUGUGCAUUCAACACACCGUUCGGUCGAUACAAGUUCAAUCGCAUGCCUUUUGGCAUAUGUUCUGCAUCGGAUGUAGCGCAGAAAAUGGUAGAUGAUGAAUUUUCUGACAUCCCUGGUGCACUAGCAGUACAUGAUGACAUCAUAGUCUCAGGUGCCAACACAGAAGAGCAUGACAUAGCUCUAGAGAAAGUCCUACAUCGAGCAAGAGAACGAAACAUAAAAUUCAACAAGAAGAAGAUCCAACUACGAGUCACUGAAGUGAAAUAUCUUGGCAACAUCGUUAGUGCUAAAGGAUUCACUCCUGAUCCUGAGAAGAUUAAAGCCAUUGUCGAAAUGCCUCUACCAAAGAGCAAGCAAGAUUUACAACGCCUAUUAGGAAUGGUGAACUAUCUUUCACAGUACAUACCCAACAUGUCUGAGAUCACUGCGCCACUGCGUACCCUUCUCAAGAAAGACAUACAAUGGUCCUGGCACAACGAACACCAGAAAGCACUCGAAAGAAUCAAGAAAGUCCUCACAAGCAGCCCAGUUUUGCACUUCUACGACAUCGAUAAGCCUGUUAUCCUCCAAGUUGAUGCGUCACAAGGUGGACUGGGUGCAUGUUUAAUUCAGGAAGGACACCCAGUAAUUUAUGCAUCCCGAUCACUCACCAAUGCUGAGCAGCACUAUGCUCAGAUAGAGAAAGAGCUGCUCGCAAUCGUAUUCGCAUGUGAACGUUUCAACCAAUUCAUUUAUGGGACACAAGUUACAGUACACAGCGACCACAAGCCGUUGGAAGCCAUCAUAGCUAAACCAUUAUCACAAGCACCACCGCGAAUUCAGCGUCUUCUCAUCCGACUACAGAAGUAUCACCCAACAGUAAAAUAUGUUCCCGGGAAAUUCCUGUUCAUCGCCGACACUUUGUCUACAGCGUACUUACCAGAAGAAGGAGAACAACAGGAACUUAAUGAGGACAUUGAAGUAAUGGUGCACAGCAUGGUUACAGCAAUACCAGCAUCUCCUGAGAAAAUGGCAGAGCUUAAGGAAGAAACAGCGAAUGAUGAAACGCUACAACAACUUAAACAGCAGAUGGUUCAAGGUUGGCCUGAUCGCAAGCAUGAAAUCCCGCAAAACUUAGCUACCUACUGGAACAUUCGCCAUGAGCUGAGUGAAGCAGAAGGUCUGAUCUUCAAAGACCACCAGUUAGUCAUACCUACAGCAAUGAGAAGCAAUAUGCUCAACCUGAUACAUAAAAGUCAUCUCGGGAUAGAGAAAUGCAAAGCACGCGCAAGAGCAAUCCUUUUUUGGCCUGGAAUGUCAAAAGAUAUUUACAAGAAAGUAUCAAAAUGUGCUACUUGCGCCACAUAUAGAAGAAGAAACCAGAAGGAACCGAUGAUAGCACAUCAAAUACCUGAACGACCAUGGAAAAAGCUAGGAACUGAUCUGUGUGAAUGUAAGGGCAAGAAUUACCUCGUUGUAAUAGAUUACCAUUGGCCCUCUGGCAGCUAUAGGCCCCAUUAG